CCCCUAACUCCCCGAAUGCCAUGCGCGGUGCUCUGGUCGAGAGUGUUCACUGUUCACUGAUUUUCUCCACGCGUUGCAACUGUGUGUGCGUUUCAUCCGAAUUUGUGUGUCUGUUGCUUUGGAGCUUCAACGUUUACUGCGUUCAAUUGUGCUCUCCGACUGCAACUGUGUUUGCUGCGUGUGUUCUACUCUCCGGGACUGUGUCUACAACUCUGCGUCUCCCGGGAUUUGAAUCCAAUGAAUUCGGUUCCUUUUCAAUCUGCACCACCACCUCCAUGGAUUCCAAUACUACCACCUGAACCACCAAAUUCAAGUUCCUUUUGGGAUAGCAGAAAUGUCGGUGAUCGUCUCACAGAAUUGCAGCACACUCUCAAUCUUGCAAAGGCAAUGCAGAAGGAGUUAGAGAUGUUGAUGAUGAUAAAAAGUGAUAAAGAGUCUUUAGAAGAUGUAAAACAUGGCUCAAAUGAACCCUAUAUAGAAGGUUUUCAAAAAUGUUUAGAGGAUAAUAGGGUUAAUGUAGAAACCCAAGAAUUAUUGGCUGUGGAAACAGCAACUUCUUUGAUGUCAAAGCUAAGAGCUCAGCUUGAGCCAUUCCGAUAUGUCGCGGACGAUGCGAGUCCAUGGGAGGAGAAAUCUGCUGUGGCUAGGUUUGAAAAUAAAGUGCACAAGUCUAAGAGGAAUAAACUAUGGAGGAAGAAAAAAAGGAAGCGUGUUGCUGAAAUGUUGGCGAAGGAGCGUGAGCAAUUCCAUCAAAUUGACCGAGAAGCUGAUGAAUGGAUGGCCAGGGAGAUUGCCAAGGACAUAGCUAACAGGAAGGUACUGAAGAUGAAAGAAAUUGCAAAGAUUAAAGCUAAAGAAGAGAAAAAGAAACUAGAGGCUGAGCUCGAGCUGCUCCUGGUAGUUGAGAAGCUUCAAGAAUUACGCUCCAUAAGGAUACAAAAGUUGAAAAAACAAGGCCAUUUUCUCCCAGAGGAGGAUGACAAGUUUCUUGAGAGAGUUCAGGCUGCAGUGGAAGAAGAGGAGCGUGAAGCUUUGGCUGCAGUUGAAACAGAUGCUGCUAAAGAUGCAAUUGCAACUGCUGAGGAAUCUAGGAAAGCUAUUCAAAAUCAAGGGAAACUUUCAAAAGGAAGCAAUGAUGAUAGUGAAGUAAAGGAGAGCAAAGAGCAAAUAGUUCAUAGUGUGACUGAAGAAGGAUCUAGUGCAGCUGAAGAGAGGAAAUUUAGUAAAAUAGGGCAGAGCUGUGGAGGAGCCUAUGAUCCUUUGGCAAAUUUACCUAUCGAGUUCUACCAUUAUUAUCAUGGAAGCAACAAUGAUAUGGGCACACUUAUCGAGGUUAGAAGAGAAUGGGAUGCCUAUAUCAGACCAGGAGGAAGCCGGAUACCAGGGCACUGGGUUCAACCUCCUCCUCCAGCCAAUGAGAUAUGGGCAUCAUACUUGGUGAGGCCUGAAUGACUAGUCAACAAACUUGUAAAUUCAUCAACAUUUUUGCGCAAAGAGGUCAUGCAGUAAUACGAUAAGUUUUGAAGGUCAAGUGUUCAUGGCCAGCCUCAGCUAUU